ACGUAAGGACAUGAAAUUUAUAAUUAUUGCAGUACAUAUUUUUGUCAUUUUUUAAAUGAUAAUAAAAACAAUAAGUUUUACCUGAGUUAAUUGUAUUGUUUUAAUAUUUAAUGGCAGUUUAAUUCUUACGAUACAAUGACAACCUUACGAGAGCGCCAACUUAAUGCCUUAAAACAGAUGCUAAAUUUGAAUCAACCAUUGACAAAAGCAGUUGCUACUGAACCAACAUGGAAAGUGCUUAUUUAUGAUAGAGUAGGACAAGAUAUCAUUUCACCACUAAUAUCUAUUAAAGAACUAAGGGAGUUGGGUGUUACUAUACAUGUACAACUACAUUCAGACCGAGAUUCUAUCCCAGAAGUACCCGCAGUAUACUUCUGUUCCCCAACGGAAGAAAAUCUUGGGAGAAUAUGUCAAGACCUUGACAAUGGAAUAUAUGACCAGUAUCACUUGAACUUUAUAUCACCAAUAACUAGACAAAAAUUAGAAGACCUAGCUGCUUCUGCCAUCCAGUCUAACUCUGUAAUGAGCAUUCACAAAGUGUUUGAUCAAUAUUUAAACUUCAUAUGCUUAGAAGAUGAUUUGUUUAUAAUGAAACAUCAACAAUCAGAUUCAUUGUCUUAUUAUGCAAUAAAUAAAGGAGAUACUAAGGAUACAGAGAUGGAAGCCAUUAUGGAUGAAAUUGUUGAGAGCCUGUUCUCAGUGUUUGUUACACUUGGUAAUGUUCCUAUAAUAAGGUGUACUAAAGGCAAUGCUGCAGAAAUGGUAGCAAAAAAGUUAGACAAGAAGCUACGUGAAAAUCUCUGGGAUGCAAGAAAUAAUUUAUUCCAUGGACAAGCUGGAACUUUCAGCUUUACUCGCCCUAUGCUUAUAUUACUUGACAGAAAUUUGGAUAUGGCAACACCUUUACAUCACACAUGGACAUACCAAGCUCUAGCUCAUGACGUACUGGACUUAUCUUUAAACAGAGCAGUGGUACCAGAAGGUUCAGGACCAAUAGUACCAGGACAAAAAGCCAAAACUAGAAUCUGUGACUUGGACUCAAAAGACCCACUGUGGUCUGAACAUAAAGGAAGCCCUUUCCCUACAGUAGCAGAGGCUAUUCAAGAAGAUUUAGAUAAAUACAGGAGCUCAGAAGCAGAAGUAAAGAAACUGAAGAGUUCUAUGGGAUUGGAUGCUGAUAGUGACCUUGCACUCAGUUUAGUCAGUGAUAACACGCAACGACUAACCAGUGCAGUAAACUCUUUGCCCCAACUGAUGGAGAAGAAGCGUCUCAUUGAUAUGCACACUACUAUAGCUACAGCAAUCCUCAAUGCAAUCAAAUCAAGAAGACUUGAUUCAUUUUUUGAAUUGGAAGAAAAAAUAAUGAGUAAAAGUAGCGGUGUCGAAAGCAAAGCUGUUAUGGAUUUGAUCACCGAUCCUAGUGCAGGGACAGUGGAAGACAAAAUGCGUUUGUUUAUUAUAUAUUAUCUGUGUGCAACGCAAGUACUGGAUGAGGACUAUGAAAAAUUUAAAUCUGCAUUAAUAGCUGCAAAUUGUGACAUUAAACCAAUGACUUAUAUGAAACGUUGGAAAGGAUUUACUAAAAUGUCUAGUCAAGGUCAAUAUGAAGGUGGAGGAACCAAAACAGUAUCUAUGUUUUCAAAACUAGUAUCACAAGGAUCAUCUUUUGUAAUGGAAGGUGUAAAAAACUUAGUUGUAAAGAAACAUAAAUUGCCCGUGAGCCGAACCGUGGAAGCGGCGCUGGGGAGUAGUGGGGCGGGUGAUAACGAGCUGGCGUGGCUGGACCCUCGCGCCGCUCGCACGGACGGGGGCGCUCGCGCUCGUGCGCCGCGACACCCCCCUCCCACCGAUGCCGUUGUGUUCCUCGUAGGGGGCGGCAGCUACAUAGAAUACCAUAACCUCAUCGAUUUUGCAAAGCAACAAGCGGCGAAUGGAAUAACAAGAAAAAUCAUCUAUGGAGCUACAACUUUGCCAAACGCAUUUCAAUUUCUUAAGCAACUGUCUUUAUUGGGUGAGGAACUUCAGUAACAUUUCCAUUUAUAA